AUGGAGAGCGCCACCAUGCCACCGCGAGGUGUCGCCGCACCUCGCACGCCGUCCAGCCUCCAGACGCUCCGGGGCAGCCACCCCCUCCUCCUCCACGGCAAGCACGCGAGCAAGCCGCGGCGCCUCUCCUGCUGCAAGGCUACCGGCGGUGGCGGCCGCGUCGACCGCCGCGACGUGCUCCUCGGCCUCAGCGGGGCCGCGGCGGCUGCCGGCCUCGCGACGACGUCGCACGGCGGCGGCGACGCGCUCGCGGCGCCGAUCCAGGCGCCGGACCUCGCGAACUGCAACCCGCCCGCUAUCCCCGACACGGGGGCCGACCUCAGCUGUUGCCUCCCGUACCGCUCCGGCACGGCUAUCGUCGACUUCAAGCCGCCGCCGGCCUCCGCGCCUUUCCGCGUGCGCCCGGCCGCGCACCUGGUGGACAAGGCGUACCUGGCCAAGUACGAGCGGGCCGUGUCGCUGAUGAAGGGGCUCCCGGACGACGACCCGCGCAGCUUCGCGCAGCAGUGGCGCGUGCACUGCGCCUACUGCGACGCCGCGUACGACCAGGUCGGGUUCCCGGACCUGGAGCUCCAGAUCCACAACUGCUGGCUCUUCUUCCCGUGGCACAGGUUCUACCUCUACUUCCACGAGAGGAUCCUCGGCAAGCUCAUCGGCGACGACACGUUCGCGCUGCCGUUCUGGAACUGGGACACGCCCGGCGGCAUGACGCUGCCGGCGAUCUACGCCAACCAGUCCUCGCCGCUGUACGACGAGAGGCGCAACCCUGCUCACCAGCCACCGUUCACGCUGGACCUCGACUACAAUGGUACCGACGACACGGCCAUCCCAACAGAUCAGCAGAUCGAUCAGAACCUCAGGAUCAUGUACCGUCAGAUGGUCUCUAGUGCCAAGAAGACGGAACUCUUCUUCGGGCAGCCCUACCGCCAGGGUGACCAGCCCGACCCGGGCGCGGGCAGCAUCGAGAGCGUGCCGCACAACCCCGUGCACCUGUGGACCGGCGACCCGCGGCAGCCCAACUUCGAGGACAUGGGCAACUUCUACUCGGCGGGGCGCGACCCCGUCUUCUUCGCGCACCACGGCAACGUCGACCGCAUGUGGCACGUCUGGAACGGCCUCCGCCCCGGCAACACCAACUUCACCGACCCCGACUGGCUGGACGCCAGCUUCCUCUUCUACGACGAGGACGCCCGCCUCGUCCGCGUCCGCGUCCGCGACUGCCUCGACCCCGCCGCGCUGCGCUACACCUACCAGGACGUCGGCCUCCCGUGGCUGAACGCCAAGCCGCCCACGCAGGCCGGGUCCCCGGCGCCCGCCACGGGCACGCUCCCGGCGACCCUGAGCCAGACCGUGCGGGUGGCCGUGACGCGGCCCCGGACGUCGAGGAGCCGCCGGGAGAAGGAGGAGGAGGAGGAGGUGCUGGUCGUGGAGGGGAUCGAAGUCGCCGACCACCUCACGUUCGUCAAGUUCGACGUGUUCGUGAACCAGUCCCAGGGCGAGGCGGCCACCGCGGCGGCGGCGGAGUGCGCCGGGAGCGUGGCGAUGGCGCCGCACGCGGUCCGGCCCGGGAAGGCCCAGGGCGCCGUGAAGACUGCCGCGAGGUUCGGCAUCUGCGACCUGCUGGACGACAUCGGCGCCGACGGGGACAAGACGAUCGUCGUGUCGCUCGUGCCGACGAGCGCCGGGGACACGAUCACCGUCGGCGGCGUCAGGAUCGAGUACGUGAAGUGA